AACGCCAGAAUAGCAGUCGUUUUUUUCGUUAGAAGAUCUGCAGAGACUUAAGUAUGUUAAAAUUGAACUAGUAAAGUAACUACAUUAAAAACGCAUAGAGUUUGUCUUAUUUAAGUUUUGGAGCUUAGAUCCGCCAGCUUUUAUUAGCCAUCCGGCUUUAAAAAGUUAGGAAUGAAUCUGUUUCUGCUACUAUUAAGUAUUGGGUAUGCAACAUCACAACUUACAGGUGGCGAGGGUACAAUAGCUCCAAAAGGUGAAAAAGGGGCUAAAGGAGAUGUUGGAGAACCGGGCGACGUUGGAAUUACUGGACUUGCUGGAGAUGCUGGAUCUCGUGGACUGGAGGGUGAUGAAGGUAAAGAUGGUGAAGAAGGAGAUGAAGGUGAUAUUGGUCCACCUGGUCCGCCUGGUGUUGCUGGUGGUAAUCAAACGACAGUUGUUGUUAUUUAUGGUCCUCCAGGACCUCCCGGAAAUCAAGGUCCUAUUGGACCACCAGGCCCUAAAGGAUUCAAUGGAGAAACUGGCGAAACUGGUAUUUCUGGACCACGUGGUCUUACAGGUGACCCUGGAAAUGUUGGUCCAAAAGGUUUGCGUGGUAAAGAUGGACGUGAAGGACAAAAAGGAGAGCCAGGAAGUAAAGGAUUAAUGGGAGUUACUGGUAAUCCAGGUCCUUCAGGUCCUCCGGGCCAACGUGGGAUAAAAGGUGUGAAAGGAGAACUUGGGGAACCUGGUCCAAAGGGAGCUAAAGGAGAUGUUGGUCAGAAUGGAGAAGCUGGAGAAAAUGGUUUACCUGGUAUUAAAGGAGAUACAGGAGCGCGUGGUCCAAAUGGAACAAUUGGAUUCCAAGGAGCAGCUGGUCCAGAGGGGCUGAUGGGACCUUCUGGACCUACUGGACCUGAUGGUGUAAAAGGACCUCAAGGACCAAGAGGUUCUGAUGGUCAGCAAGGAACUGCUGGUUUAGCUGGUGAGAGUGGUGAUCCAGGACCAUCUGGACCUGUUGGACAACCUGGACAAAGGGGUGAACCUGGUUAUCCUGGCAUUCGUGGAGAUUCUGGAGAUCGAGGUGACACUGGACCUCAAGGUCUUGAUGGUCUUGAUGGACCUCCUGGUGAUCGUGGAUUACCUGGGCCAGUUGGAUUGCCUGGUGCACCAGGGCCUGUGGGAGAACGAGGAGAGCCUGGAAAGCAAGGCCCUAGAGGAUUUCCUGGUCAACAAGGAGAGCAAGGUAGUCCUGGUAUUCCUGGUGUUGUAGGAGAAGCUGGUGAUAAAGGUCCACGUGGAUUGCAAGGACAAGUUGGUGUUGCUGGACCUCCAGGAGAAAGUGGUUCUGAUGGGCGUCCUGGCCCACCAGGACCUAAUGGUGCUCCUGGGCAAAGAGGAAAUCAAGGAUUACCUGGUAGUCCAGGACUUCCUGGUCUUCCAGGAAUUAAAGGUCACAUUGGUGAAAAGGGGUUCACAGGGCCAAUCGGAGAAAAAGGCAACAGAGGAGAACCAGGUCGUACUGGACAAAUGGGUAUUCCAGGUGCUCGAGGACCUGUAGGUGAUCCAGGUCCAGUUGGUUUGGAUGGUAAAGAAGGUGAACGCGGUAUACCUGGUAAAGAUGGUUUACCUGGACCUCCAGGACAAGCUGGUUUGCGAGGUAUUCCUGGACUACAAGGUGCCACUGGGGAAAAAGGUGACAAAGGGUUUAAAGGUAAUAAAGGUGAGAUUGGUUUUGAUGGUGCUCCUGGUGAUAAAGGUGAAACUGGAGAUGUAGGAGAUCAAGGUGCUCCUGGACUUCCUGGAAAACAAGGAGAAGCUGGUGAACCUGGAGAACAGGGAAACCGUGGAGCACAAGGUUUUGUUGGACUUCCUGGUGCUCCAGGUCCUCAAGGUCGUCAAGGAAAACGUGGUACCCCAGGAACACCAGGAUCUCGAGGUGCUGAUGGAUUACCUGGUCGACCUGGAGAACGUGGUUAUAGUGGUGAACAAGGAACUCCAGGUUCUCCAGGAGUAAUUGGAGAACCUGGUCGAAAAGGUCCUCCUGGCAAACAAGGACAAAAAGGAGCCCAAGGAGACAUUGGCAUGCCAGGUGAGGCUGGAUCACCAGGAGAAAUUGGUGUUGCUGGCAUACCAGGACCUCAAGGAAAUCCAGGAUUGCCAGGGGAUGAGGGUGAAAUUGGCGAAGCUGGUGAUCGUGGGCGAGAUGGACAACCAGGUGGUAGAGGUGCGCCAGGACCAAGAGGUAAGCCUGGAUUGCCUGGAAAUCCAGGUUUACGAGGUGAUACAGGAGUUCCUGGUGAGGAUGGUAAACCAGGAGAAAUUGGAGUGCCUGGUGCUCCUGGAAAUCCUGGAGAUAUUGGACAACCUGGAUCUCAAGGACCAAUGGGUAAACCAGGAAAUCCUGGUAUGCAAGGAGAUGUUGGGCCAAAAGGAUUUAAAGGUGCUCGUGGACCACGAGGUCGACCUGGAAAAAUUGGACAAAUAGGGGAAAUAGGCAAAAAAGGAGAAUCUGGAGAAAAAGGUGAUCAAGGCUUGCCAGGUUUGCAAGGUGCUAUUGGUAUCCCUGGAAAUCAAGGUUUACCAGGAUUAGCAGGAUCAGCUGGAGAGCAAGGACCACAGGGACCACCUGGUCCUGAUGGAAAGUUAGGACCUAAAGGUGAUAAAGGCCGAAGUGGACCUGAUGGUAGACCUGGAUCACCUGGACGACCAGGGCCUGAUGGAAUUAAUGGUGUAAAUGGACAGCCAGGUAAAGAUGGAAGUAGAGGACCUCAAGGACAUCAAGGUCCACGAGGAAAACAAGGCAAUAUAGGUCCUAUUGGGUUACCAGGAACUUCUGGAAUGCCUGGACUUCCAGGACCUCGUGGACCAACUGGUGAUAAUGGAGCUGAUGGUAGCGAUGGAAGUGAUGGAGAUAUUGGUGAUGAUGGGCAAGUAGGAUCACAAGGACCACAAGGAGAAGCAGGAGCUGAUGGUAGCAAUGGUGCACCAGGUCGUAACGGUAACCCAGGUGUUCCAGGUCCAAGGGGUGAAAAGGGUGAAAAAGGACCAUCUGGUGAUGUUGGAGUUAAAGGUGCAAAAGGAAAUGUAGGCCCAGCAGGUGAACCUGGAGUUAGAGGUGAUCGGGGACCUUCAGGAGAACCAGGUACUGAUGGAGAGAAAGGAGAGAAUGGUAUUAAAGGAGAUGAGGGUUCACCUGGACCUACUGGGGCUACUGGCGAUAGAGGUGAUAAUGGUCAACGUGGAGAUCAAGGUGAUACUGGUUAUAUGGGUUUCAAAGGAAGAAAAGGGCCUACUGGACCCAAAGGACUUAAAGGUAUGCCUGGAAUUAUAGGUGAACAAGGUGAUAUGGGACCAAAAGGAGUAAUUGGUGAACCUGGACCUCAAGGAGCUCCUGGGCCACCUGGGCAAAUUGGAUUACCAGGAAGAAAAGGACCAAUUGGUGAACCUGGAUUAAAAGGAUUUCAAGGAAGAGAUGGACGCCAAGGAGCCCCAGGACCCUCAGGACCACCUGGUCCACCUGGACCAGCAAUGCUUCCUCCUUGGUCAGGCGGUACAUUAGGAUCUAAUGAACCAAAAGAUCAUUCAGAUCAGAAUCCAGCACAACCUCAACCAGAGAACAUACCAACUGAUCAAAGAAAUGAAGAGAAUCCAUUUUACCAAGUGUAUCGCUAUUACUCAAGUAACAAAACCAAGACAGUUGAUGAACUUACUGAAAUCGAAAAUAACUUUAAUAAUAGAGUCAAAAUUUUAAAAUCAUCUGUGGAAGCGUAUAAGAAACCUAAUGGAUCUAAAGAAUUCCCUGCUCGUACAUGCAGGGAUAUUUAUGCAUUUUACCCCGAUUCAAGUUCUGGUAUGUAUUACAUUGAUCCGAAUAAAGGAUGUAUAGAUGAUGCAAUUUAUGUUCAUUGUAACUUCACAAAGUCUCAUGAUGAAGAAACAAAAAUAACUACAUGUGUUUAUCCUGAAAAAACUAUGUCUGUUGAAAAAGAUUCAUGGCCAACUAAAUUACAUACUAAAGCACAAAGAUGGUUUGUUGAAGAUCACGAGUUGGGAAAACUUUCAUAUGCAGCUGACCAAUCACAGCUUACAUUCCUUGGGUAUUUGAGUCGUGAAGCUUAUCAAAACGUAACAUUUCAUUGUCAAAAUACUUUAGUAUGGUAUGAUAAACAAAACAACGACUAUAAAAAGGCCAUGAAAUUUAAGGGAACUGAAGAUCAAGAGUUUGCAUAUUCUGAAGAUAAACAAUCUAUGUUUAUGCCUCAUGCAGUUAAUGACGAAUGCUCUAAUAUAUCUAAAGAAUGGAGAACUACUACUUUGAGAUUUACCAGUCGUAAAUAUAUUCGAUUACCGAUUAUUGAUUUUGCUCCAAUAUCAUCAGAGGACAAUAAUGCAAUGUUUGGAGUUGAACUUGGUCCUGUUUGUUUUAUGUAGAACAGACUAGUAUUAUACGUUGAUUUAUACAUUCAUGCAUAUAUAUAUAUAUAUAUAUAUAUAUAUAUAUAUAUAUAUAUAUAUAUAUAUAUAUAUAUAUAUAUAUAUAUAUAUAUAUAUAUAUAUAUAUACACAAUAUUUAUAUAGAAACAAUAAGCUAUAUACACAAAUUGUUAACAAGUUUUAUGUAGGUUAUUUUUAAUGUGAAAGUUUUUAAAAAUAAAGAUUGAUAAUUGA